CAAUGAUUGAUUGAUUUGUAUUAGCCCCCUUCCACUCUCGCGUUUUCUCCCCUUCUCUGCGUGUUUUUGUGGACGACGGCGUCGUCGCAAGCUUCUUGUGGCCAUCGUCUUCCCCCCCUCUCCUCCUUCCUCGCAUCCUCUCCUCCCUAUCUCUCACAAAAAUCCAUUCUUGCACAGGGAAUUUUGCCUACUCCUAUUUACGAUCCUUCUCUUCCCCCCUCUGGGCGGCCAAAGCUCUCGUUUUUACGCGUGAUUUCGUCGUCUUGUUGCUGCUGACGAGCCCGCUGAUUUUGGCUCGAUUUAAUCCCAUUUUACGGGUGUUUUGCAUCUAUUGGAGAUCCAAAGGUGCGCCCUUUCUGGGGGUAUCUUGGGGGGAAUUGGAUCGAUUUCGAUCUGUCUGAGUGGUUCUCUGGGCGUUGUUGGUGCGUUCUUGAUCCGAGAGGUGAGAGAUUUGGUUGGAUUUUCUCCCUGGAGCAUUUGGUGUGCUCGAGCAGGAUGCUCUAUUUGAAGCAGCCGACGAGGAGCUGAACUACGCGGAGUUGUUUUUCCCCUCUGAAUUUUCUUGGUUUGGAUUUCGCGGUGGUCGUGUGGUUUGCUUUGCUGAUCUGAUCUGAUGGAGGCUAUGGCGGGCGACAAAUUCCUUCAGAAGUUCCGGCUCUACGAGACCAGAUCGAAAUUUUAUCUUAUCGGAAGGGACAAGACAAGGACUCUAUGGAGGGUGCUGAAGAUUGACAGGAUGGAGCCUACUGAGCUGGAAAUCGAGGAAGAUCAUACAAGUUACACAGAGAAUGAAUGCCAAGAACUGCUGUGGCGAAUUCAUGAGGGGAAUAGAUUGACUGGUGGACUGAAAUUUGUCACGAAAUGCUAUGGAAUAGUUGGUUUUAUAAAAUUUCUUGGCCCUUAUUACAUGGUUCUAAUUACCAGAAGAAGGAAAGUUGGUACAAUCUGCAGUCAUGAAAUAUAUUCUGUCGGCAAGAGCGAAUUGAUUGCAAUUCCAAGUCCUAUUGUGUGGCCCAACGUGGCUUAUUCUAGGGAUGAGAACAGAUAUAAACGGCUCCUUUGCUCGGUCGAUCUCUCGAAAGACUUCUUCUUCAGCUACUCUUACAAUAUCAUGCGCAGCCUUCAGAAGAACAUAACUGACAAGAAUACUGGGCAAGUUGUUUAUGAGACAAUGUUUGUUUGGAACGAGUUUCUGUCUCGAGCUAUCCGGAACCAUCUCAAGAAUACAACGUGGACUGUUGCCUUAAUCCAUGGAUUUUUUAAACAGUCAAAGCUCUCAGUAGCUGGGAAGGAAUUCUGGUUGACACUUAUAGCAAGGCGCUCACGUCAUUUUGCUGGAACCAGAUUCUUGAAAAGAGGUGUUAAUGAAAAGGGUAGGGUUGCCAAUGAUGUUGAGACUGAACAAAUUGUUUUUGAGGACACACCAGAUGAAAUACCACAUCAGAUAUCAUCUGUUGUACAACAUAGAGGAUCCAUACCUCUUAUAUGGUUUCAGGAAACUUCAAGACUCAACAUUAGGCCAGAUAUCAUACUGAAACCGGAUGUAGACUACAAGACAACUCGCCUUCAUUUUGAGAACCUUGCACUUAGAUAUGGGAACCCAAUAAUUAUCUUAAACUUGAUCAAGACUCGUGAGAAGAAACCUCGUGAAUCUUUGCUCCGUGCAGAAUUCGCAAAGGCUAUACAUUAUAUUAACAAGGGGCUGCCAGAUGACAAACGUCUAAAGUUUUUACACAUGGAUCUGAGUAAGCUUUCUAGAAGGAAAGGUACCAAUGUGCUUUCGCUGUUGAACAAGGUAGCAUCAGAUGUGUUGGAUCUAACUGACUUCCUCCACUGUGAGAUAACUACAUCAAAGUAUGAGGAUGCAUCAAGUGGACAAGGAGCUGUUGCCAACUCAGGUGACAUCGAAAACAUCCAGGAUCAAAAUUUAUGUGCAACUAAGCUAGUACCUCUUUUACUGCAAAAGGGUGUCCUCAGGACUAACUGCAUAGACUGCUUGGACCGCACAAAUGUUGCACAGUUUGCGUAUGGCUUAGCUGCUUUAGGGCGUCAACUUCAUGUGCUCCAGCUCAAUGAAACCCCUACAAUUGAAUUGCAUGCUCCUUUGGCCGAUGAUCUUAUGGAUUUCUAUGAACGGAUGGGUGAUACGCUAGCUAUUCAAUAUGGUGGCUCUGCUGCUCACAACAAGAUCUUCUGUGAGCAAAGAGGCCAAUGGAAGGCAGCAACACAAUCUCAGGAGUUCCUCCGGACCCUUCAGCGCUACUACAGUAAUGCCUACACUGAUCCUGAGAAGCAGGAUUCUAUAAAUGUGUUCUUGGGUCAUUUCCAACCACAAGAAGGAAAACCUGCGCUUUGGAAAUUGGACUCAGAUCAGCAUUACAACAUUGGCAGGCAAGGAACUUUAACUGAAGAAACUGGGAGCAGAUCAUUCAUAAAGAGGUCGUUAUCGGACGGUAAUAUUUUAUGUGACAACACUGGUGGACCUGUAUCUGACUGUAAUGUUGGAAAAAACAACACAAGCUCAGAAUUGCUCCCAAUGCAACCACUGGAGGAUAUUAGAGAACCUUCUGAUUCUGCACCAGAGAUCUCUAUAGAACCUAACCCGUGCUCCAGUACAAACUAUAGCACAUUGUCUGGGAGACACUCAAUUUCAGAAGAGCGGCAGAAUUAUUUGAGAAGAUUGGGUUAUCCUGAAUUGCACUCUUCAAACUUUCUUGAUCUUGAUCUGUUAUCAUCUUCAGGAAAUUCUUGUGAGGAGGAAAUUUAUGAGAGGUCAUCACUCAUCAAUUCACCCAUGGAUGUUGUCAGUAUUGAAUCAACUACAUCAUACAGUGAACAGGGACACAAUGAUGAGCAGGGAAGAGAUGACACAGAUCUGUCACGCUCAAGCAGCCAAAUGUCAGACAUCCGUGACUACUCUGACCGCUUCACGCAUUGGGUGGAUGGCGGAGGCAUGCUUUGCUACUAGAGCUAUAAAAUUGUCUUGGUGACAUCUCAGCAAAAGGAUUCAACAGCAGAAGCUAUCGCAGCUACAUUAAAGGAAACACUCGAAGUCAAGCUACAUCUGCUGCAAACUGCAACGGUCUCGUGAUCGAAGAGAUCAUCACAACAAAUGGAAGAAACAUCAACUUGGUUUGCCCAGAGAAAGUGCUCAAAGAUGACAAUCCAUUGGGGAAUAUGAAACCAUUCUGACUCGGUUCGGUUGAGGUACACGAUUGAAUUUCUAUGGUGAAGAAGAAUUGACCAUACUGAAGACAAUAAAUAGGAGAAACAUAUAUCACAUUCUUUGCAAGGGUUAGCUUAGUUAGAAUCUUUGGCAAUAUGUUAUAGGAAAAGGAUAAAACAGAAAAAAGAACUUCUCAAACAAAAAUGAAAAAAAAAUGGAAAUGCUAAUCCCUGUUGUAAAUAUGUUAUAGUAUUAUACAUAUUUACCAAUUUUUACUUUACUUGCUCUCUGUAUGGAACUUGCCUUUUCAGUCUUCACUGUACAAAAUACACUAAUCGUUGGCAACACGGUAAUGAUUGCGAGACAAUCUAACAGGCCACACGGUACAGGAGGAAAUGAGUUGUCAAGCCAAUGUUUCAGUCA